CGGAGAGCCUUAGAUGGGCCGUUCACCCUGAAACAUCAUGACACAACUACUCAAAUGACUACGGUUACCCGACGAACUCGAAAAGGCCCUCAUAACAGGUGUCUACCCCUACAUCGCUAGCUGCUGCUCAAACAAGCACAGUUGCAUCGAGUCGGCGACACCUAAUAGUGCCAUAAAAGAUGUUGCCUAUACUCCAUAGACCAGCCACCUCAAUGUUUGGGGAGAGGAAUGUAUUAAGCACUCCUAGCUCCCCCAACAGCCCGAUGCGGACAGACCAAUCCGGUCUGGGCCCUAAGCGCUCGGGGCUUGGGACGGGAAAUUUAUCAGGUCCACCAUCAACUGCGCAGUCUUCACUGUCUCAGGGCGGCGGGCCGUCCCAGUUCCAAAUUUCCCACGAAAACACCCUACGUAAGAACCGCAACCAUUUCAUUGGACAAACAGAGCAGUUCAGCAUCGACUACCAUGCUGCUCACAACAAAUCUCUGGCCGAAUUACCAGUGCUACAAGAGCAGCACCAACUGGAGGUGGAGGAGUACCAAAAUGUUCUGGAGGAAACGGUGGCUCGGCACAUCGCCCGCAUUGCACAGCUUCGGCAAGACUACUCCCUAAUGGUUAAGGAGGCCAGCCGCCGCCACAUGGAGCUGCAGCAGCGGCGCUUUGCGGGCGCAAAGGUGGAGAUUCCGCAGCCCUCAACCCUACAGCCCGCCACAGCAGCCGCAGGGCUGCCACCGCUGCCGCAGGGCUCACCCAACAUAGGCGCCUCCAGCAAGGCUGCCGCCCACGCCGCUCACGAGCAGGCCCAAAGUCACACCAUGGGCCAGGUCAACCCCAACGCCUAUCUUAAAACCCUGGACAAUGGCGCCGCAGCCGCCAUGUCACAGUAUAGCACCCGGCCGCCAGCCACUCCCACCGGCAUCGCCACCCUCUCCAUUCCACCGCCCGCCACGCCCGUGGCUCGCAUUAGCACGCCCUCAGACCCCAACGCUCGCGGCUCGGACUUCCACCGGCUGGAGUCCAUGCAUGAAAAGUACAUGAACCGCACACGCUCGCUGCACGAGCAGGGGCUCGCGGCGCGCUCCGGCGAGGUCAACUCCUGGUCGCAGACCUUUGCGGCCUGCAUGGGCGCCCUGGCGCAGCACCAGUCAGCCGCGCUGGCGCACCUGGCUGCAUGCGUGGAGGAGGCGGAGGCCUGGCACUCGCAGCAGCGUUCCGCACUGGCGGUCGCGCAUGAUGAGAUACUGGUGGAGGCGGAGCGCCUGGGUCGCCAACUGGAGACGCUGCAGGCCGGCGCAGCCGCCAAGCUGACGGGGCUGCUGGCGUCCUUCCUGGAGAGGGUCCUUCCCUCGGGAGAGGUAGGCCUGGCGGAGGCGCAGGCGGCGUACACGCGGUCCACCGCGAACCUGAGGAAUGAGCACAUCGCGGCUCUGGAGGCGACCGAGGCGGCGCUGCGCGCGCUCAUCCCGCGCCACUCAGCCAUGCGGCAGCACAUGUCAGCGGCAUACUCUGCGGGCCUGGCGGCGCAUGAGGCGGCGCUGGCGGCGGCAGGCGGGCAUUACGACUCGCGCGGCGUGCCUGAGCUCCGGCGGCAGUACGAGGAGGCUGAGGCGCGACACCGGGAUGCGCUGGCCAGCAUUCGCGCGGAGCACCUGAAGGGGCUGGCGGCGGCGCGGGAGGGCUGGAUGGGCGAGGCGGCGGCGCUGCUUGAAGAGUACCGGGCGCGCAUGCAGGAGCUCAAGUCGCAGUUCGUGCUCACGUAUGAGGUCGACGUUACGGAGGUGUAAGGCAGCUGUUGUUGCACCGCCUAAUCCGUCAAGCAAGCGGCUCUCGGAUUGGCAGCUGCUUAUCGUUGGGGCGGCGAAGGACAUCUCUUGGACGCCGGGGGAUGCUAACACCACUGCGAGCUGCUAGGGAACGUUUUGCCUGGCCAGGGCUACAUCCCCGUGGAUGGCAACACAACAAAGGGUCUGAGUGUUGUGUCCUAGUAGAUAGGUGCAGGGUGCAAACCAAUUACCAGCGGACUGCUGGCAUGGCGCUUCCCUCGUGCAGUGGGGUGCGAGGUGCCCGGUGAGGGCUCCAUGCAGGCUGCAGGACACUGCAUUGCAGGGUUGGGCGCCGAGGUACGCCAUGAGGGGAGAGCUCACGACAUAAGGCUUAUGACAUAGGGUAACUGGGAGGGGACGUUUUCACCUAAAGGCGGUAGUGUGUGUCUUGCCGACGGUGCCGCAUCGGGUCUCAGAAGGGGCAUUAUGCAUCGGAGUUACUGUUCGCAGGGUUGCUUGCAUGCACCUGGCAUCAGCGCUCGGCAAGGGGUGGGCAUGUCCUAUUUCGGGGCUGUGACCCUUGUACACACUGCUUUGGUCGUCCUGUGACUGGACUUCUAGUGAUACGGUAACGGCUUUGGACGACAACGACAUGGAAACUUUAUGGUUGUGCGACACGGGUGUGUAAAGUUCUGAUUCUGGAUUUUGGAGGGACCGUCUUGUCAUGGCGGUCACACAUGGAUAUUACUGAUCAUCCUGCUCGCUAAUGGAAGGCGCAUGGGCGGGGUUGCCGUCUUGCCGAUGUUGGGGAGGUGUUUCAACCCAUGAAGUUGGGUCCAUUGGCUGAGGGUGUCCUGCGAACGUCAGAUGCUUGCCUCACAGCCAGGAAGCAGCGGUGCGCCACAGUAAGCGGUGCUUUGCUGGAUCAGCUUGUACCUCAAGUGGUGCUGCAUUGCAGUUCAGUCUUCUGACUGCUCGCGCAAAACACUUUCCGCUCGGCCUACAGACGGUACUAACAACGUAGUCGUUUAUGCCUGUGUACAUGCCGACGACAGCAGCCAAACGGGGCGGUUGUGUGCUCGUGAAGGCACCCUUAGGUAUUCUGUACUUGUACGGUUAUGAGGGGAGUCCGUACCUUGCUGUGCGGCGCAUUUGGCUAUUACAUCUGGUGCUAGGUCACCUGACACCACAUGUUGCGGUUACGGUAGUCAGCUCAACACGUCCCGAUGCUUGGGCCGUCAGCCGCCGUCAUUGCUUCUGUGCUGCUUAUGGCUUGCUUGUGCUCUUCCUCUAUAAGCGGUUAUAUGCACUUGCAUUUGGUUUCUUGGGAGGGUGAUUAAGGAAGGUGGGGAUGACGGGUAUGAGAGGGCGUGGGUAACAGUAGCGUACAUUGUUUUGCCCGAGGCAGGCAACAGGCUUCCUUGGUUGGGGUUUCAGGCAUGGCUUGGGCUUAUUAAGGCUCAGGUGUAAGCGUGGUUAUGAUCGCUGCCC